UUUUCUGUCAAGAUGUGAAUUCGGCCUAAGGAACAAAAGGCUGCAUUUGGAAACGUUCUCCGAAUGCAUUCUCUCUCUUUCUAUAUCAUUGACAAUAGAAGUGAUAUAGAAGAGAGAGAAUGUAUUCGGAGGUCGGAGGACGUUUCCGAACGCAGCCAAAUAGGUGAUGUUGCGAUCGCGAGUGAAAGUGAGAUGCACUCAACACCGAGAAAGAAGGGAAGAAUAAAUAAAGUAUAGUACGCAGUUUUUGUGCAGUCUAACUAAUAAAAUAUAUUCUAUAUCCUAUAUGUUUAUUUUUUACAAAUGAUAUAGUCGAACAGUGUGUUAUGAUUACAACAUGUUUUUCAAUGUUUAUCGAUGUACAAUUUUCGAUGGCCUGCCGCUUUGCCGUUUUUUUGAAUGUUUGGUUCAUUCUUUUUCGAAUUAAUCACUGUACAAUACCACAAGCAAGUCAGGAAGAUCAGCUUCAUUCAUUUAAGAGCUAUUCUGAUGUGGCAAUAUUUCAUUAUACUAUACCAAAAGAUGUGUAUCGAGCUACAUGGCUUGCUGCAUUUAUGGAUGAGCCCACGUGUCAACCACGGAAGGUUUAUAUACAUUUGAAAGUCGGUAGUUAUCCAAUAAUAACUAUAAAUAAUGGAAUAUCAAGUAUAUACAACGAACACGAUGAUAGUAUCAUAAUCACUACUACCACAACAUAUCAAUCAAAGAACGCAACCAUUGUUCCGGUUUCUGGACCACAAUCAGGGGAUUGGUUUGUUGCAGCUUAUAUGUCUUAUUGGGAUGAGAAAAUACAACAACAGGGACUUGGACACAAAUGUCAAUACAGCAUAGGUACAGUAGCACUAUGGUCACAAGUAGAUAAUAUCGAGAAUAUUUGCAUUGGUUGUCAAAUGAUAUUGCGAACAAGUACAACGACAGCAUAUUACAAAAUACAUAUUCCAUCUGGAAUAUGGAGUUUUCGUUUGUCAGUCUGGAACUGCAAUUUCUUGUUACAUAAUCAAGAUGUUCACGAACCUUGUAUCGACGCUAUGUCUUUAAAAGGACGUGCUUUGCCAAUAUUUAACCAUCUUUAUCCCAUGAAAUUUACACAUCUGACUACAAAUGCUAGUUAUACUUUCACAGAAUCUUCUCCUUAUGAAGAUAGUUAUUACUAUUUAUUAGUCGUUUCGCGAAGUGUUAUCGAGUUCAGUGUCAAGGUUGAUAUAUUAGGAUGCCCAAUCAGAUUAACAGAUAUAUCAUUUACAAGAGAAUAUAUCGAUAAUCUUUUAAGCUUUAAUUCCGUAACAGGACCAAAUACCAAAGAUGUAUUAAAAUAUGAAUCUUAUAAAGAAAAUAAUGCUAGUAGAUUUUAUGAUAGAAGUAAGUUUGAAAAAAACGAAGAAUAUGAAACUGAUAAGGAAUGUAUGCAAAGAUAUCAAUUGGUGCGUGUAAAACACGCGGAGACAUUUUCAACUGUUUAUCUCUUGCAGAGAAAAGAAUGGUUAAGUUCGCAAUUAAUACUAACUGACUCAGCUCCAAUCCUGACACAAUUUGAUAUUUUGCCAUUAAUCGAUAUUGGUGGUACACUUGAUAUCGAUGUACAUUUAGAAUUAGAAAAGCUACCAUCAGCACAAUCGGUUUUGGUAACAUUGUGCAUUCAAAAAGGUCGUAUACCUAAACUAAGAAAGUUCCAUUCUUGUGAAAAUGGAACUUUAUCAAUGAACCUAUCAUCGUUACACAAGCACAACACAAAUUUGUUAAUAUUAUAUCCACAACCAGACACAUGGUAUAUUAUUAUCUAUGCAACAUGUUAUAACAGGAAUGGAAAACCUGUACACUGUCAAAAUGAGAAGAUUUCCAUAUUAAUGAAUAUACACCAAAAGUGUGUACUUUCUGACCAAAGUCCUUGUGGUAAUCACGGCGUGUGUCAAGAAAUUCAGAAGAACGUUCUCCAUUAUGCAACAUGCAAUUGUUUUAAAGGUUACACGGGAUGGGAUUGUACUGACAUUUCGAGUACUAUCACUCCUACUUCUUUUUUUAUGAGUACCACGUUGCUCAUUUUGAGCAAUAUUUUUUUUAUACCAGCUAUAUGUAUAGCUGUAAAACGGAAAUUUUAUGCAGAGGGACUAGUGUACUUAGCUAUCAUGCUUUUCUCGUCGCUUUAUCAUGCCUGUGAUCAAAAUGGUGAACGAUUCUGUAUUGCCAAGUAUGAAGUAUGUCAGAUAUAUGAUUUUUUCUCGAGUAUUUUGGCGUUCUGGGUUACGUUAGUAGCAAUGGCAGAAUUACCGAUUGAUUUUGUACCAUUGUGCCAUAUGACAGGAGUAUUUGUUAUCACUUUUGCAAUGCAAGUUGACAGGAUGUGUCUGAUCAGCAUUUUGACACCAUUGUCGAUGGGUGUUGUUAUACUGAUUCUUACAUAUAUCUAUCGGAUUGUCAAAUAAAAGUGCAAGAAACCGAGCCGGAAAAUACUACUAGGUUUCCUCUUUGCUAUUGCAGGAUUAUUACUUUAUUCUUUCAUUGAAACGGAGGAAAACUAUCAAUAUGUUCAUAGUGUAUGGCAUAUUGUCAUGGCGAUGUCAUUAAUAUUUUUGCUGCCACCAGCAAGAUCGAAACAAACUACAUCAUCAAGAAAUAUUUUUUUUAAUAAUGAUGGCGAGUCAUCAUGCAGUUAUAAAGAAUUUUACGAAAUUCCUACAUUUACAAUAGUUGAUCAGGAAAAUCAAACUAUUCCUUCUAAUUAAAAAUUAUAUUUAUAAAACUAUUUAUUGUUAAUAAAUAGUUU